AUGUCCCAGCAGUCAACUCUUUCGCCAUCACCGAUUUUAUUUCGAGAUACCCCGUCCUUCGCCGCCCGAUUAGCCUCUGCGGCUCCUAACGAUAACCUCACACGCAACAUCUCGCCUUCGUUUCUUGAGAGACGGCGAACAUCACACCCUCACAACCAGUCCCUACAACCUUCACGCACAGCAUCUCAAGAUAUGGCGGAUGUGUCUCAAGCACAACGGCCACGCCUCGAGCAUCGGGCCUCCCAAACUAUAAUCGAUCUAACAGACGAGUCCGAGGAACCCUUGCUGUUCCGGCCACACUCUCAUCACCGCGAGCGAAGCCGUUCACAAAGGCCGCCACAGCUCGGAAGAAGCGAUGCGUCAAGUUUAAUGGAGUUUAUCGACCUUACCGAAGACAAUGGUGAACCCGACAUCAUAAUCACAGGGGGGCGAGAACUGCCCCGCCCCCAAGCUGCUCGGUCUGCUCGAGCGCCUCCUCAUUAUCAUCUACCACGCCCCGAUUCACCUUCUCUAUUCGUACCUCGAGAAGUGGCCCGAGAAGCAUCUGCACAACCAGCAAUUCACAGGGUCUUUGGAAGAAUAAAUGCGGCAGCAAGUGCAGGGGCUAAUGUUGUGGGCGCUGCAUUGGGAUAUGCUAUGCCUGCACGACAGCCAGGAGCGAGACCGGCUCACCACCACGAAGCAUUCCACUUUCAUCCAGCAGACGACUUUUUAGGCCAAAUACAUAUGAUGAAUGCAAUGGGGGCCAUGCCGCAAGCUAUGCCUCGUAUGGACUAUCGACAUCCUGCAUUUGCAGAGCGGAAAGCGGAACACGUUCCUCCCAAACCUGCUAGGAAAGACUUUACUAGAUCUCCCACGGAGGAUAUGGACAUCAUCUGUCCCAGCUGUAUGGACGAACUGGUACAUAAUAAGGAACACGAGGAGCCCGUUACAAAGAAGAAUGGCAAGGCACCAACCAAAAAGGAGAGGGAGGAGCAUCCAUUCUGGGUGGUGAAGGAGUGUGGUCACGUCUAUUGCAACAGAUGCUUCCAAAGCCGAGACCCUCGCAACAAGGUCUCGGGUGUCUCUUUCGACGAGAUCACAAAACCCAGCAACAAUAAGAGCAAGCCCUCGAAGUUGCUCCUAUGUGCGGUGGAAGAGUGCGAAUCUGAUGUGAAAUCCAAAGAUAAAUGGAUUGGCGUGUUCCUUUGA